AUGGGGAGAGUGGUGACCUUUUUCUCGGAUCGCAAUCAAGGUUUGUUAAAUGCAAUGGGGUUUGUGUUUCUUGGAUGGCCUCAUUCUUACUGUUACUAUCACCUCAAACAGAAUUUGAUAUCGAAGUACCCAAAGUCAAGUUAUGGGAAAUUGCUCCAAGACCAUGUUAUCAAUUUAUUUAGUAGAUGCGCAUUUGCUGUUACAGAGGAAGAGUUUACGGUAGCAAUAGAGGAGUUGAUGAUUGUUGGGAGUUCGAAAGUGAAGACAUUUAUAUCUGAUUUGUCUAGAGAUCACUAUGCCAACGCAUAUUUCAAAGGAAUGCGGUAUGAGGAGAUGGCAAACAGUUUAGCGGAGUCAUUUAAUAAUUGGGUUGGUGUGUUUCGAGAUUUGCCGGUGCUACCUUUGAUAGAAGGGAUUCGACAGAAAUUGAUGGUAUUGAAUUCUCAACGACGAAUUGAAGCGGAGAAGUGGACAACAAUUUUGUGUCCGGAGAUGGAAACUAGACUGUGGGAAAAUGCGGAGGCCGAUAGGACUUGGGUAGUUCAUCAUUCUAGUUUCACUGUUUUUGAAGUAUUUGCUGUUUAUUCUGUGAUGGACAUCUUGAGCAAAGGACUUGCUCUUGCCGUCUUUGAUAUUGGGAAAGGCUUGGGCAGCAACAGUUUUGCAGCUGGAGUUGUGCUUCCGCCAAUUACGAAGAGGCCAGCCGGAAGACCACCAACAAAGAGGAUCAAGGCUUUUGGUGAAUUUAAAGGGCCAUUGAAAUGCAGUCAGUGUAGUGUUACUGGGCAUAAUAGGAACACUUGCAAGGCUGUGAUAUGA